GGUAUAGUCUGUCUCCUGUCACUUGUUCGUGCGUCAAGCGGUAUUUACGUUUACGUUCAGUCGUUUUGCGGUUUCUUUCUGUUAACUUCUUGUCCGUUUCAACGGAACAGUGCUUAUUGAUAAUCCUAGCACAAUCCGAUCACUGUUGCACUUCCAUCCAAAAUGGAGCCGGUGCCGGCUAUGUUUGGUCUAAUCGUUUCGGGGAGAAUAGUUCAAACUGACUUUCAACCACUUACUCCAACCAACCUGGUAGCUACCAUUCCUGAUGCAGAUAACAUUAACCAUGUUGUCGUCUUUUUAACUGGUGCAACUCCAUUCCCACCAGAUAUGGGUGGCGUAGUGUUCUUUGGAUGGCCUGACGACACAACAGGAACGUGCAAUUGGCAACUGCUGGGAUAUAUUUCCAAUGAGAAACCAUCUGCAAUUUUCAAAGUUUCAAAUUUUAAGAAAGGUUCCUUACUUGGCGCUGGAUGUCAAAACCCAUUUGCUCUUCAUAUGUCCAAAAAUGCUCAAAUUGGAAUAUCUGUUGAGCCUUUAACAUCAGUUCAGCAGCAAAUCAGCCAAAUUGUAACCUCAGCUGACGGUUCAACAGCAACAAACUUUCGUGAAUUCUGUACAAAAAUGUUAGAAAACUUUAUGAACUAUGCCAGUAGUUUUUCUCAAUCUCAAAGUGAAAUGAUUCCCAACCCUUCACAACAGUAUGUGCCAUUAUCAACCCUUCAAACAUGGUAUGAUAAUUUCAAUCGAAGAUUGGAAAACAAUCCAUACUUUUGGAGAGCUUAAAUGUUAUGGUCCAUUGUAAUUACAAAUUUUUGAUAUACAAAUUUUGUGAUAUUGUUAUGUACCAUAUUUUUGUUUCCCUAAGAAUGAUAACUAUGUUUCUAUUUGGAUAUUUUUAGGACUAAUACGGAAAAAUUGAGACAUUACUUAUCAGAUGUGUACUGUGAGUACUGUGUUUCCUAUUUGGUUCUUAUGUAGGACUACUAUAUGGUUAAGCUGAGACAAUAUUUAUCAGAUGUGUUUUCAUGCAACACUUUCGUGUUUUGUGGGUUUGUUGUUUUUCUAAGUAUGUAUGUGUAAGAUAGUGUGACAGCAUCCUCUCAUUUUAAUAUAUUACUGACAUUUCUUAUUGAUUUGCCCGUCUUAAUCCUGUAAUUAAUCAUGCAAUUGUCUUCAAUUUCAAGUGUUUCUGAAUGUGGCUUUGUUUCUUGUUAUUUAAUCGUGCAACUUCUAACAAAAUGAGCUAGUAGCUGAAGUCUCUUACAAUUUUUGAAUCUCUCUUCACCAUUUUAGAACUAUGGAAAAUGUGAUGUACUGAGAGUUCCGCUUUGCAAGAAGUCAGGGAACCCAAAUAAAAUCCACGUUCUUGUUCUAACUUUCUAUACAUCACAUCAGUGCCAUAUGUACUUGAAAUCUUGCUAAAUGAAAGACAUUGUCUCUUGUGUCCCGCCUUUGUAUGCUCAACUGACUACUUAAGAAUUUUAUUUAUGACAUCUUGCCUGCAUCUCUGUAUUUUGUAUUUAAGUGAAAUUGAAGAGGGCAUUUAAAUGGGCAUAGCAAUAUGUUGUGCAUUUUGCGCACGGUCCAUUUUAUUUUUUUAAUUUGUCCCAAUUUAGUUCAACUGACAAUAAAUCAUAAUUUUCUAGUC